AUGGUCAGAAGCACAAAUGCCAUCGUCGGCAUUGUCUUUGUCUCGCUCAUCUUGGACUUGCUGGCCUUCACCAUCCCGCUGCCUCUCUUCCCUCGACUGAUCCAGCACUAUGUCGAUCAAGAACGACACGGUAGCACGCUCCUCUCGUCGACGCUAGCCGGUCUACGUCACUAUAGAGCCUACCUACACAGCUUGGGCCUUUCUCAGGUAUCUACCGCAACAGAGCAGAACGUCAAAUGGGAUGUCACACUGUUAGGUGGCCUGCUCGGCUCGGUCUUUUCGCUGGGACAGUGCGUCAUCGCGCCAGCACUGGGCAGAUUGAGCGACAAGUAUGGCCGCCGCGCCGUCUUGCUCACCACGAUGGCAGGCAACAUCCUCUCCUCGCUCGUCUGGCUCUUCUCGACCACGUUCUCGACCUACCUGCUCUCGCGAAUCAUUGGUGGACUGAGCGAGGGUAACGUCCAGCUCAGUAUUGCCAUCAUCUCCGACGUCACGACUUCUCAGCAGCGAGCAAGAGCGAUGGCGCUCAUCGGGCUCGCUUUCAGCUUGUGCUUCACCUUUGGCCCGGCAUUGGGCGCCUAUCUCGCCCCUAGAGCAAUGUCAACCAGCCUAUCGCUCAACUACUAUGCCAUGCCGGCUGCAAUGGCGACCGGGCUCCUCAUAGCAGAGACUCUCCUGCUCGCUGCUCUCCUGCCGGAGACUCGAACAUCUACUGCCAAUCUUUCGUCCGAAUCGACCAAGCAAGCUCCUCGCCGCUCCGUCACAGAAAGGCGAGCGCGACUGACUGCACUCAGAUCGACCCAUCUCGGCUUCAUCCUAUUCUUCUCAGGCGCCGAAUAUACCCUGACUUUCCUAGCAUACGAUCUGUUCGCCUACUCGAAUGCGAAGAACGGACGCCUGCUCGGCUUUAUCGGUCUUCUCAGUGCGCUCCUACAAGGCGGCUAUGUGCGUCGGGCGGCAGUCAAAAAGGGAUCGGCCUAUCUCGCAAAGACAGGCAUCUCCUCAUCCGGCCUCGCAAUGGUGCUGCUCUGUCUACUGCCAGCAUUGGCAGACACCUCACCUCGAGCGAGUGCCCUCUGUCUCUAUGCAGCAGCGGCAGCUCUGGCAUAUACCAGCGCAACAGUCGUCAACUCGCUCAACACACUCGCAUCGCUCGAAUGCGACGAGAGUAUGCAGAAGGAUGCACAGCCGAAAGACGUCAUACCCAAGGGCGAAGCGCUCGGUAGAAUGCGAAGCGCAGGACAGCUCGGUCGAACGCUCGGUCCCUUGCUCGCCACUUCUACGUACUGGCUAUUGGGUCCAGCAAAAUGCUACGGAGCAUUCGCAGUCGGUCUGCUUGUUGUCCGCUUUCGCUCUCAGGCUGUGCUCAGCGCUUCACCCGAUCACGACGAAAAAGCAGAAUAA